AUGUCUUCUUGUGCUCAUGGGUCCGGUUACAUGUUCCUACCGCCAACACUUGAGUUUCUUGCAGAGAAUUUCUGCUAUAUCGCUUCGGACCUAGACAUCGACCGCAACCUUCUUAGAUGUCGAUUCUGCGAUCUUGUCGAAACUUGGGCUCAGUGCGACAUCGCUGAUAAUGAAGGCAAAGCCGCUAUUACGGACCUUGAAGCAAAGAUCAUAGAGACCAAAAAAUUGCUCACUUCAGGCAAAACCAAGGAGGAUCUGACCAAUAUUCUCCCCACGUUGAAGAAGAAGCUCAGUGCGGUUGUCUGGGACACGGAUAUGAAGAUUAUAGAUGCGUGGAGGCCAUAUUGGGCAGUCUGGGGACCUGGAGAUGGCCCGGAACCACGGAACGAGAUUGUCGAGGAGCCAGUUAAAGAGGAUCUCGAGAUCCACGAUGAUGAGGAAGAUGAGGAGCACGAGGAGCACGACGAUCAUAAUGAUCCAGACUUUGAGAUGGACUUCCUGUCAGAGAAGCAAGAGGAGGAAUUUGAGGCCAAGCCUAAGAAGGUUGGCAAGAAAGGCAAAGGCAAGAAGCUCACUGCUCCUGGACCGAAACCGAGUGUCCCAAAUGGUACGAAGAAGAGGUCGAGAGUUCCGGAGUCGAAGCCGAAGUAG